CACACCCACCUCGGGGACGGAGCAGGGAGGGGACUCUCGGGCACCUGCAAGGCCCCACUGAGCGCCCUCCGCGAGCUCCCUGCCGGCGACAGCUUGCGGGGGACACUGUCCCAGCCUGGGGUGCCCAAGGCCAGUGGGUGAAGAGGAAGGAGGAUGGGGGCCAAGCAGUCAAGGGCUCCCUGCAGGGACAAGGGCCCCCGGAGGAUGGUGCUCCUGCGCGGGAGGCAGCCCUUCGCCCCGUGGGACGACAGCCUGCUCCCGGGCAAGGACCCCCGGGCCCUGCUGAAGCGGGGCAUGCGCCACGUCAGCUUCAGCCUGGUCACCAAGGGAAUGACGGACGUCCCCGACUUCCUGUGGGGCUUGUCCGAGGUGCAGAAACUCAACCUGUCUCACAACCAGCUCAGGGCCGUGCCGGCCGACGUGGGCAAGCUGAGCCGGCUGGUGGUCCUGAACCUCUGUGGGAACCGCCUGCGGAGCCUGCCCCGGGAAAUCAGCGUCCUCCAGAGCCUCAAGGUCCUGUUCCUGAACAUGAACUGCCUGACCGAGCUGCCCGCCGAGCUGAGCGCCUGCAGGAGCCUGGAGGUCCUGAGCCUGUCCCACAACUGCCUCUCCCAGCUCCCCGCCAGCCUCGCCGACCUCUCCAGGCUGCGGAAGCUCAACCUCAGCAACAACUAUUUUGCUCACAUCCCCAUCUGCGUGUUCGCGCUGAAGGAGCUGGAUUUCCUGCACGUGGGUUCCAACCGCCUGGAAAACAUCGCCGAGAGCAUUCAGUGCCUGGCGGGCCUGCAGAUCUUCAUCGCCGAGAGCAACAACAUCCACUCCUUCCCACGGUCGCUCUGCCUGCUGACCAGCCUGGAGCUGCUGAACCUCAACAACAACGACAUCCAGACCCUGCCGGACGAGCUCUACCUGCUGUGGAGACUGGGGCGGAUUGCCUGGAACCCCAUGGACAAGGGGCUCCACAUUUCCCAUAACCCGCUUUCCAAGCCUCUGCCGGAGCUGGUGGAGGGGGGGCUGGACAUGCUCUUCAGUUACCUGAAGGACAAAAAGCACCACUGACCGGACCCCAGGGGUGCAGCCGGUCGCCGGCUCGUGGACACCUGUCGCACCUGCCGGCUGGGUACCGCUCCAGCCCCAGCUUUCUGCUCUUACUGUUCAUGUUGGUUAGCGCUUGUGUCCGUAUUUGCCGAAUGGUAUUGAGCACUCAUUCUACGGAGGUGUUUGCUUUUACCUGUGUACGUGUCUAAGAAGCCCCAUGAUGUGUGAUGUUCAUCUCAUCCCAAACAUGUCUUUGGUUUUCUCCAAAGAGAAACCAUUCCAAUUCUCCCAAGGAGCAGUGGGAGUCAGCCCUUGGGAUAGUUGACAGCAGGUCUGAUUCAAUGGGACUCAGAAGUCAGAUUUUUGCUAAGUAUGUGCCGUGGGCCAAGGGUGGCAUGAGACACUGACACCAUCUGGUUUCAACCCUCGAAUUGGCAGCCUGCAGUCAGGGCGCAGCCCCGAGACGUGCUCCUGCAUCAGCCUCCAUCAAGCAUCACUGAGGACCAAAGAGCAAGCUAGAGCCCUGCUCUGCUGGCAACGACCAGGUCAACCAGAGCUUUCUCCCCCCUGAGUUCUGGGGGAACAAUCAUAAGAAAUGUGUUUCUAAAAUGACCGUAAAGUAACAAUCGAGCUGCUCAUGUUUACGUCUGCUGGUGAGUGACGGGAAUAGCAUGAUGGCUUUCGGAUAAUAAAUACAAACCAAUUUUAACACAGUUUCAACCUUCUUUCCCAAUCCUCUGGCACCCCGUUAUACCCCUCUGCUUUUCUAGAGACACCAGAUGAUGGUUAAAUCAUCCAAUUCUAAUUUCUCUUCUCCCUUACUAGAUUUGCCCUCUCAGGGGUGAGCUAAUAAUUGGGGGAGAAAAUUAUCAAAUGGCAGGAAAGAGGAGGUGAGGCAUAGGCAAGCAACACACACAGAAAGUAAUUACCCUUUUCACAUUCAAAGGAGGGUAAUAUUUGCCACUUGGCUUUUGCAUGUGGACAUUUAAAAAAUGAGUUUGGUGACAUUUAAAAGUUCUUUGAACAAAAGGCUCUGUAAAACUAUUAAGUUUGUUUUGCUUUUAAUUCUAAGAGUACACAGCUGUUAGUUAAACAUGGACAUUAGGAUGAGCAAUUACAGAAUUCCUGCCACCAGGGUCAUCGGAUCUUAACUGCUGUCACAGCAGCCAAGAGCCCCUAAGACAUGACGGUUUAUACAGAGGUAAAGAAAUUCCAAUGAAAAGGUGGCAGUGAAGAAAGCACAGUCCCUUCAGAUCACUGGAGAGCCAACUGCUCAGGUUUGGGGGCCAAUUUGUCUAUAGAAUAUAGCAAACGAUAUCAAGACUUAGAUUUGGGGUUGUUGCCAAGACUCGUCUAAUUUCUUAAUACCCUUGGUUAAACAUGUAUUUCUUAGCACCUUCUUUAGGCUGAACACUGGGCUAGAAGCUCGAGAGGAAUAAAUGUCCUGCUGCUUCUACCAAGGAACUCAUGGUCUGGAGAAAGAGACAGACCCAUGUGGGUUUCUAUAACAUGUGGCAGGUUGUGAUCCCUGCUAAAGGGAAUUGUAAGCAAAGUCUACAGCAGGGUUGACACACUGGACGGUGUGGACUAGACUGAGCCCCGAAGCCUCAGUAACCAAAGAACGGUGACUGAAGGACAUGACACGAGCCAGUCACACCCUCCGUUCCCUAGAGUUAUUUCGUCCCCAUCUGCCACCCCCACCCCGCCGGGAAAGAAUGCAGUGGGGAACCCCCUCUCAGGUUCUGAGCUCAGGCAACUUUAGCAUGGAGCUGCUCAGAGGGGUCCACAUAACUUAUCCAUGGAAAAAUCACUUUUCCCAGUAGACUCCCAAGUCAAUUUUCCGAUACACAAAAGAGGGAGGCCAGUUCCUGUUGGCUGUUGGCUGUUAUCAUCAGAUACCAGAGUUCCAUUAGCACGUUCAUGCGUGAGCUCUUCUGUUGCACCACUGCAAACAGAUCUUACCAGUGUCACGGGGAGGCAGCUGAAGAAAUCCCCUCUCAACUCCCCCUCCUGCAGCAUGGAGAUCUGUGUGUCCCUGCCAGGCGCACACAGGCACACUCCGGUAGCCUCACCCACGUUAGCCCGCUGGAGCCAAGGCUAUUUAAAGACUUCAGUGGAAUUCUUCCUUGACCUCAUGACUCAGUGGGACUUGCAGGGCGAGCCUUCCUCCGCAGAGCAGAACUGGGCAGAUCGCUUACUGCAGCUUUUUGGCUGGAGCGCACGC